AUGUUUUAUUACUUUGAGGUUAUCUUGGCGAAUGAGAACAGCUUUUAUAGCAGUGUCGGUGACCAGAGCGUUUCGAAUCUCGCGCUUUCGCGGUCUGGUCCGAUCCAAUGGACUACUGUCGACUAUUCAUGGCAUAUCCAAUGGCCAUGGGAUGAUGAUGUUACGGCCGGCUAUGCCGGGCCCCAACACAUGUGA